AUGGGUGAAGCUACUAAACCUAGCCUGCUCGUACAAGCAACUAAGCUCAAGCGAGAUGUACCCAAUCUCAGUGCUACGGAGCAAAUCCUUUUACAAGAGAAGGAGAUGAUGGAGCAUUUAUCUGAUAAGAAGACGCUCAUGUCUGUUCGUGAAUUGGCCAAAGGUAUCGCUUACACAGAGCCUCUGUUUACAGGGUGGAGACCGCCUCUGCACAUUAGGAAGAUGUCGAGCAAACACAUGGAUUUGAUCAGGAAGCAAUGUCAUAUUAUAGUUAACGGCGAAGACAUUCCUCCUCCGAUCAACACCUUCGAGGAUAUGAAGUUUCCGAGACCUAUUCUCGAUACGCUCAAGGAGAAAGGAAUAUCGCAGCCGACUCCUAUCCAAGCUCAGGGUCUUCCUGUGGUUUUGUCAGGGAGAGAUAUGAUCGGUAUUGCCUUCACCGGCUCGGGAAAGACGCUGGCUUUCGUGCUUCCCAUGAUCAUGAUAGCUCUGCAGGAGGAGACGAUGAUGCCUAUCGCUCCUGGAGAAGGUCCUGUAGCGCUUAUCCUCUGUCCCUCUAGAGAGCUCGCUACGCAGACUCACGAAGUGGUUCAACAGUUUGUGGCUCCUUUAGUUGACGCUGGAUACCCGCAAGUGAGGUCGUUGCUAUGCAUCGGAGGAGUGGAUAUGAGGUCACAGCUUGAGGUUGUGAAGAGAGGUGUUCACAUCGUUGUUGCAACCCCUGGGAGGUUGAAGGAUCUGCUCGCCAAGAAAAAGAUGAGCUUGGAUGCUUGCAGGUACCUGACGUUGGAUGAAGCGGACAGGUUGGUUGAUUUGGGUUUCGAAGAUGACAUUAGACAAGUCUUUGACCACUUCAAGUCUCAGCGUCAAACGCUUCUCUUCUCUGCCACAAUGCCUGCAAAUAUCCAAAUCUUUGCCACGAGCGCUCUGGUGAAACCUGUGACUGUUAACGUAGGGAGAGCUGGAGCUGCGAGUCUCGACGUCAUCCAGGAGGCUGAAUACGUCAAACAAGAAGCAAAGACUGUUUACCUCCUCGAGUGCCUGCAGAAAAACUCUCCACCGGUUUUAAUAUUCUGUGAGAACAAAGCUGAUGUCGAUGGUGUUCACGAGUACUUGUUGCUCAAAGGAGUGGAAGCAGUGGCCAUCCAUGGAGGCAAAGAUCAAGAAGACAGAGAGUACGCGAUCUCUUCGUUUAAAGCUGGUGAAAAAGACGUCUUGGUCGCGACCGAUGUUGCUUCGAAGGGUUUAGACUUCCCCGAUAUACAACACGUGAUCAACUACGACAUGCCUGCGGAGAUUGAGAACUACGUGCACAGGAUAGGAAGAACAGGUCGGUGUGGGAAAACUGGGGUAGCAACUACGUUUAUAAACAAGAACCAAAGCGAGACCACGCUGCUCGAUAUGAAACACUUGUUGCAAGAAGCUAAACAGAGGAUUCCGCCUGUCCUUGAAGAGCUGAAUGAUCCAAUGGAAGAUGCGGAGACCAUUGCUAAUGCAGGUGGUGUCAAGGGUUGUGCUUAUUGUGGCGGUCUCGGACAUCGUAUUGGAGACUGUCCAAAACUGGAGAACCAAAAGAGUGUGGCUAUAUCUAACUCUAGAAGAGACUAUUUUGGCUCUGGUGGAUACAGGGGAGAGAUGUAG